GGACGUGAACAUCUUUAAAAACAAAAUUUUGAUGUAUCCUUUGAAGUCAAAGUUUGAGACCUCACGUCAUGAUCAUCUACCUUCAACAAUUACACACUCUGAAUUGCGACGUUGAUUUGAGGUCGCUUCUCUGAAAUGGGGCUGCAUCACAGAAGGUUGAUUCCCGAAAUCUGUGCGUCAAUUUGCCAUGUGAAGGCUUCUGAGCCUUGUUCACCAGAUUGCACACUUUGCCUCAAGAUCUGCCUAACCAAACCGCCCCAAUACCCUUUUAAUUAUUUCCCUCCGCUGCAACCACCACCACUUCCUUCUUUCAACUCAGAUGUUGAUGUCUCAGAUCAAGGAACCUACCACAGAGUCUCCACCUAUUUGUUCCUCGCCCUCGCUCUUCUGACUGCUGCUUUCUUUGUUGUUUGUUGCCGUGCCAUCUAUACCAGGUUUACCUCAAGGAGGAGGAUAUCAUUAAGGCACCAAAAUCAGGACACCCCUGAUGAUGAUUUUGUUGAUCAAGAGCAUGGUGGUCCUAUGGUGGACCACCCCAUCUGGUAUAUUCGCACCCUUGGCCUUCAGCAAUCAAUUAUCAAUGCCAUCACAGUUUGUAAGUAUAAGAAAGGCGAGGGCUUGAUUGAGGGAACGGAGUGUGUUGUUUGCUUGAGUGAGUUUCAAGAGGAUGAAAACCUCAGACUUUUGCCAAAAUGUCAUCAUGCUUUUCAUUUGCCUUGUAUUGAUACCUGGCUUAGGUCUCAUACCAAUUGUCCCAUGUGCCGGGCUCCCAUUGUUAAUGACCUUGCAGCUGCUAGGAUGGAGUCUAGUUUUGUUGAGUCAAGUUCCUUGGGAAAUUCCCAUGCCCAAGUUUUGGAAAAUAGUGCUCCGGAUUCUGAUUUAUUGAAUAAUAGGGCAGAGGAAGAAGGCCAAUUAGGAGAUGAAGAUGAAGAUGGAGUGAGGGUGUGUGAAACUGAGAGCCAAGUUGAAGGGGUGGCAAGCAUUCGUCCUAGAAGAUCUGUUUCUCUGGAUUCUUAUUCUGUUGCAAAUAUCAAUUUUGCUCUUGCAAAGGUUCUAUCAGAAGAAUCUAAUGGCAACUCAAAUAGAGUGCCGAGGGCCAUGGAUGAUCCCAGUGCUUCAAAGGGGGUUACUGGAAAUGAUUUGGCGACUACUUCCAAAGGUAACGCUUCUUUUAGGUUAACAAGAUAUCUGCAGGGUGUUCCUAGUUCAAUGAAAAGGUCACAGUCCUACAACGGGAAAAACCUUUUGUCCUGGUACGGCCGCAGUCAGAAGAAGCCAAACGCUUCUCUGUCAAGCUUUUAGUAAUGUUGUUCUUCUACCUUAUGCUAACUUGCCAACUAAGAUGUAUAUGUAGCUCUCUACAAGGUGAGAGCUUCAAAAUUUAAUUUCUGCAUAAGCAGCUUAUGUGAUGCUCAAGUAUAUAAUAGCAAAACAAUAAGUUGCAAAUAAAUAUUGUUGAGUUUUGCUCAGAUAUUUCCAUAUACGAUGUCUUCACAUGAAAUUGUGAUUUCCUAGAGCCAAUAAAGUAUGUCUUUUCCUUGUUUA